AUGGCGCGGGGGGGUGUCGUGCUCCUCGUGCUAUGGGUGGCCGUCGCCGCUGACAAACAUGAGGUAUCAAAUACAACGGAAGCAGAACACACUUCAUUGGUUCCCACACCGCCUAUACCAUUGCGACCAGAAUAUGCUCACCCCGCCGGGGUAGAAGCUCUUGAUCCCUAUAAUUCCGAGAAAGUAAACGCGCCCCCACACCAUAGAGACUAUCUAGAAGAAGAUUAUGAUCACAAAUCAAAUAAAGAAGAUGAGCAUGAAAAUAGAGAAGACGCGGAUGAAUUGCCGUCUCUCUCUGGAGAUCAUCUUUUACAAGGUUCAACAGAUGAUCUACCAAUGUUUCUUCUUGAACCUCAGCAUGCGUUUGUGGUGAGAAGCAAACCUGCCGUAUUAAGAUGUCGAGCUGCAAAUGCUCUGCAAGUUUACUUUCAAUGUAACGACGUGAGAUCAGUUGCCAGUACGCAAUUCGAAUUUGUAGAUCCCCAAAGCGGUGUAAGAAUCGUGGAAGCUGAAUGUAAUGUUACCAGAGAUGAUUUAGAGGAAUAUUUUGGUGAAGAUAGAUUCACAUGUACCUGUAAUGCUUGGAGCAGCAGAGGCGAUAUUAGAAGUCAGCCAGCUGUUGUUGAAUAUUCAUAUAUAAAGAAACCAUUUGCAAUAUCGCCAACGUCAACAUCAGUUGAGGCUGGAUCAGCUGCAACACUGAGAUGUUCUCCGCCUGCUGCGGUGCCUGUUCCUCGCCUAUCUUGGCUAAAACACGGCCAACCGCUUCAGCAAGAUCACAACGUAAUAAUAUCAGCUGAAGGAAAUUUGUUGAUAUCGCGAGCUACGCUGCAGGAUAUGGCGAACUACAGCUGUGUGGCAGAAAACAUUGCUGGCAAAAGAAUUUCGGAACCGGCACUUUUGACUGUUUAUGUCAAUGGUGGCUGGAGUUCUUGGGGUUCCUGGACGCAAUGUCGCUGCAACGGUCGCAUUACAGGUGGACAGCGGCGCACGCGCACAUGUACGGAACCACACCCGUUGAACGGUGGUGCCCCAUGCCAGGGGCAGGCUGUGCAGAGAACUUCAGACUGUGUACCAUGUCAGAGCGAUGGAUACGUGGAUCUACAAGGAUAUGAUAACACGCAACAGUUGUUGAUUGCUCUCCCGGGUCGUUGGGGCACUUGGUCUGAGUGGUCAGUCUGUGGGGCUGACUGCAGACAGACGAGGCGGAGAUCUUGUACCGGUGAUACGCCGUGUUCAGGCGCGCAUACUCAGCACGCUGACUGCGUUGGGGACUAUUGUGGAGUUCAUGGUGUGGCAGCACACAAUGAUAUACCACUAUACAUUGGGAUCGCAGUAGCAGUGGUGGUAUUCCUGGCAGGAGCUGCAGUAGUCUAUAAACUACUGCAGAGAAAGACUAGAGACCAUUCUCUAUACACCAUGACCAGAACUGACUUUCAACCAGAAAUAUACCCGACCGUGGAGAAACAAUCUCUGUCGUUGGCUCCAGACCUGAUGCAGCACAGACCUCCAAGAUACGAGCACCCACAACCCGAUUCCAGGGCUGAACAUCAUUACGAUGUACCACAUCUCACAAAUAGCUAUGCAUCACCAGUAGACCACCAGGUCACUCCAUGUGCUUCAAGCAAGGGUCAGAGCGACGACUAUGACAGCAAGCCGUACAGUGAAUCUGAACAUUCAGCUUCCAGUUGCUUCACUAGCUCUGGCUCCAUGUACGAUGCUGCCAAUGAGUCUGUAACCCUUCAACUAGCGGAACUAGUUUCAAACUCACCUACAUCACAGUCCGUCUCCGUCACAUCUGCUGGAAUGAGAUUAUCGUUAGCAGCAGCAGGAGUGGCCUUAACAGUUCCAGAGGGAGCCCUUGGUAGGGGGCGACGAGAGCAAAUGUAUAUGGCAGUUGUCAAAGACGACAGAUAUCGACCAAGACUUGGCAAAGGUAUCACGCAACUGAGUCCAAUAGUUAAGUGCGGCCCACCGCGCAUCCAAUUAAACAAGUCAGUCAUCCUACAAAUGCCACAUUGCGCCAGCCUCAAACACGGCUUCUGGAAUCUUUCGCUGUACGCCAUCGACCAUAAUAGCACGAAAAAUGAUAAUACACAACCCCAAUGGAAGAAAAUUGUCGGCCUCGGACAAGAAACGAUCAAUACUCCCGUGUUCACUCAACUCGACAAUGAUAAAAUAUUCCUAGUGACAGAUAUGCUGUCUACUUUUGUGUUAGUAGGUGAAAGUUUUAACGGAAAAGCGGUUAAAGCUCUUCAACUUGCAAUAUAUGCACCUGCUUUAUUAAGCGAAACUAACCCUGAAUAUAACAUAAGACUUUACGUGUUUGAAGAUACUCUGUGUGCUGCGUACUACUGUCAGGAGCAGGAAAAGAAACUUGGAGGUGUUUUACUUGAACGUCCUAAAACUUUACUUUUCCAAGAUGGGGGAUCGAACCUUUGUUUGAAUUUGGAACAUGUAAGCCCUGGUUGGAAAGCUAAACCCGGCAUCGGGUAUCAGGAGAUUCCAUUCAACCACGUUUGGGGCUCAAACUACAACGCUCUUCACUGUAGUUUUGUACUCGAGAGAACACAUGAUUGUGACAAUAUUGAUUUCAGCGUUUCAGCUUGUCAAAGGACUAAUCCAUCAUAUAAACAAACAUUCCGAAUAUCCCUUGACGAUGUGCGCAGCCGAUCGCCAAGGGGACGUUCACCUCGCGCCGAGUCACAGCGCAAUUUUAACAUAACAGAGAACCUUUUAGAAGCUCGUAUGUGCCGUAGUGAAGACGGCAGCGACGGGAGCGCUAAAAGGAAUAUAACUGUGACCGAAGCUGGAGUAAACGAGUGCGGAGGUCACGAGGGAAUUUUUAAAUUAAGUCCUCGAAUAAAAAGACAGCUCUGCGCUAUAUUGGAUCCACCUAAUGCACGCGGUAACGAUUGGCGAGCACUCGCGUCGAGGCUCGGCGUCGAUAGAUACACGACGUGGUUUGCCACAAAGAGUUCACCAACGGAGGCUAUUUUAGAGUUAUGGGAAUGCCGUGAGCGUGGGGCGGGUGCUACGGCUGCACUAGCCGCUUCUCUGCGCCAGAUGGACCGCCACGACGCCGCCGACCUACUACAUGGUCGACCCUCUUGGUUAUGA